UAAAUAUAUAAUUUAGCUUGGAAGCCUAUGCAAAUAAUAAUCCAUAUUUUUUUUUCACCCAACAUUAAGUCAGGUUUCAAACGCAUAUUAUUCACUGAGUCACAAUAAAUGUUAUGCAAAGCGAUUGCUAUUUCUCUCAAUGAUAAGACACUGCUCUUUCUGUUUAAGGUUGCCAGCCGUGGUCAGCAUCACGUCACCCUUUCAUUUUGAUACUUAAGCUGUCAAAAGGUAGAGUGGAAACACCUUGAAAGUCUCCCCAAGGUUGAAACCUGAAGGAGCAAGAUGUCCAUUGCGAAUGCUCCCACAAGUAACGAUGCCUGUCUGAGCAUUGUGCACAGCCUGAUGUGCCACCGACAGGGAGGAGAGAGUGAAAGCUUUGCCAAGCGAGCAAUUGAGAGUCUUGUCAAGAAGCUGAAGGAAAAGAAAGAUGAGCUGGAUUCCCUCAUCGCGGCAAUCACUACAAAUGGAGCUCAUCCAAGCAAGUGUGUAACCAUACAACGAACCUUGGAUGGACGCCUUCAGGUUGCGGGGCGUAAAGGCUUUCCCCAUGUUGUCUAUGCCAGACUGUGGCGAUGGCCUGAUCUUCACAAGAACGAAUUGAAACAUGUGAAAUACUGCCAGUAUGCCUUUGACCUGAAAUGUGACAAUGUUUGCGUCAACCCAUACCACUAUGAGAGAGUAGUCUCUCCAGGCAUUGAUUUAUCAGGAUUGACCCUUACAGGUUCAGGUCCACUCAUGGUAAAGGAUGAGUAUGACUAUGACAACCAGCAGUCUCACUCGAGCUCUGAGAGCCACCUGCAGACGAUACAGCAUCCCCCGUCAAGGCCCGGUCAACAGGAGAUCUUCAGCAACCCGGCUCUUCUCCCCCCAGCGGAGGGCAGCAGUUCGGCUUCAACGUCUGCUUUUUCUUCAAUCGGUGCUGGACCCUCAAAUCCUGCCCCAAACUGGAGCAGAAACAGCAGCUUCACCCCAGCGGUGCCUCAACAUCAGAACGGACAUCUACAGCAUCAUCCACCCAUGCCUCACACAGGGCAUUACUGGCCAGUUACCAAUGAAAUUGCGUUCCAACCCCCCAUUUCUAGUCACCCUGCUCCAGAGUACUGGUGUUCCAUUGCUUAUUUUGAGAUGGACGUACAGGUCGGCGAGACGUUUAAGGUGCCUUCCACAUGUCCGACCGUGACUGUGGAUGGUUACGUGGAUCCAUCAGGAGGGGAUCGCUUCUGCUUGGGCCAGCUGAGCAACGUCCACAGGACAGAGAACAUUGAGAGAGCCAGGCUUCAUAUUGGCAAAGGUGUGCAGCUUGAGUGCAAAGGCGAAGGAGACGUCUGGGUGCGCUGUUUGAGCGAUCACGCCGUGUUCGUGCAGAGCUAUUACCUGGAUCGAGAGGCCGGCCGCGCCCCUGGAGACGCAGUUCACAAGAUCUACCCCAGCGCUUACAUUAAGGUGUUCGACCUGCGUCAGUGCCACAGACAGAUGCAGCAGCAGGCAGCCACAGCUCAGGCAGCGGCCGCAGCUCAGGCAGCCGCGGUAGCUGGUAACAUUCCCGGGCCCGGCUCUGUGGGAGGCAUCGCUCCAGCCGUCAGUUUGUCUGCCGCUGCAGGCAUCGGGGUUGACGACCUGCGCAGGCUGUGCAUCCUGCGGAUGAGUUUCGUGAAGGGCUGGGGGCCCGACUACCCACGCCAGAGCAUCAAAGAGACGCCCUGCUGGAUCGAGAUCCAUUUACAUCGAGCUCUACAGCUACUGGAUGAAGUUCUGCACACGAUGCCCAUCGCUGACCCCCAACCUCUUGACUGAAUUAAUAGACCUGAACUCCACAAAAGAAAAAUAUCAGACUGUACUGUAAACAGACCACUUCACCUAUAGAUCUGGAGAGCCUAAGGAUUGUAACAACAGGGAUGCUGAGUAGGCCACAGGAGGCCAGUUACUCCAAACACACUGUGAGCAGUUUCCAGGAUGCUGGAGUGAGACCUGACUUCCUACAAACAGCUGCAGGAACAUGUGAGUCACUCUGGGAGGAGACCUACAUUGGAAACAUUUUGCCAAGAGGAUGUGCAGGAAAAAUGAAGACAGUAUUCUGACAUUGUUCACCAUUGUUUUGCAUCACAGCACAAAGUGAAAAACUUUUCUCAACAGUUGCUCCUCGACGCAAAAGUCCUCACAGAUUGAUGUGAGUAGACGGACAUGUCCACUCCAAGAUGAAGACGCAGAGGUCUUAUUGAUGUUUACAUGAGCCCCAGUGCUACACAAAACAGAUGUAUCACCACAAGGGAACUGAGUCAUACUUGGCUGUCAGUCAUUUCUUAAACAUUUCAGUAUUUAACAUGAAUUGAGCCCUCAUGACUGACAAAAUGCAAAAGGGAGAAUUCUUUGGCUCAAAAGAAGUGAAGCUGUAGAACAACAGGACAACUUGGCACCUUGUUUUUGAUGCAAACCGGUUAUUUAGCCGCUCUGAACAUACUAAAUGUGUUUUCAGUUGGAGUAUACUGCCGGUCCAGUCGUCCCUCAUCGGCUCACUGGUGGAUCAGAGCCCCCUCCCCCCCCCCCCCUUUCCAGAUCAGGACAUUCAUGUAAAGUCAUGUUAUUCAUUAAUACUCUUGUUUUUGUAAGAUGUACUCUUGACUCUUUUUCAAUGCUUCACUUAUAUCACCAUCUUUUGAUAGUUGAUUUUAAUCUCAUAAUAAGCCUGUUUUAGCCUCUUCUCUCUCCACCAUCAAACAUUAGAGUCUCACCAUUCUUUAACCAGUCAGGACGGUUAAUGAGAAAGUCAUGAAAAGACGACUGUCUAGAAUACACUGAGCUGUAGUUUGAAAUGUAUCACAAUCGUACUUUGAUACUCAGAUUCUACAUUUUGUGUGGAGCAUCAUUUCAAUAUAACACGGCCACUCUUUUAAAUGAUAGAAUAAUUCAGAUGAAAACUAACCUAAUGUUUUUAGACAACAGCUGGGAAAAGGAAGUGAGGAGUGAACUGUGAGAGGAAGUUGAAGCCAUAUCAAAGCCAAAUAUACAUCUAUGAAAAGUGAAACCAUAAUCAGUCAUGUCAGGGUUUCAUCAAAGCUUGGUUUGAACCUUCAAGAAAAGGCUUUCAGUCAUUUCUCAGCACUGUUGAUGAAACAUUUUUGGGGUACUUGGAGCUGUUUGCGUACAGCUGUUGCAGUAUUUUAUACUCUUGCUACCUUUACAGCGAGAUACCACUGAUCACAUUUGAGAAUAAAAAAGAGCAAUGGUGUUCAAUUUUCAGGAAAUGCAGGUUCACUCUCAUCUGUAUCUUUACAAUGAUGUCAUGCAUACAGAGUUUGGUAUUUACAUUUAUGGAUAUGGUUGAAUAAAAAUGUAACGUGCUAACACUUUGUUUUUGAAGUGGUGUGAUCGUCAUUUGAAUGAAAGUAUGAGAAAGGAAACGCAACGUUCAACAAGAAAACGUUUAUUACUGCAAAGACAAGUCACAAAUCUUUAAGAAAACAACACUAAGAAGCUAGCCUGAGCUGAGAUCUGAAAUAUUCAGAAAAAACAAACUACAUGUGUCUUUAAUAGUUUCUAUAUUCAUCAAUACGACACACUAAAUGAUCAUGUCUUUAUAAAUAUAAAAGUCCCCCAGUUUUCCUUGUUGUUUUUUUCUGAUGUAAAAUACACAAUACAAAUCACCCUACACGCAUUGAUUUGCUCGCCAAGUUGAGAAGAAAAACUAAAUGGCACAUAAAGAAAGUCACAUGAAAUCUGUGUGAAUAUAUAUUAUAUCAGAUACUAUACAUUAUCCAAAAAAAAAAAAAAAAAGAAGAGAAGGAAAUCACAAAAGCACUUUAGCCAAACAUAUCUGAUAAAAAUGUUCACCGAAAGAACAAAUCAAAUAAUGAGGACACAAAUAAAUAUACCUUUUUUCAGUUUUUGAUAUAUACAUAUUUCCGUCUAGGGCGAAUCAGAAAAAAAAACAAAAA